UCGAGGCGGGGCUCAGUUAUGAUGAAACUUGGACCAACAAAUAUCUCUGGAGACGUGGUAGCAAUAAUAAUUAAUCUAGCUAGAUGAAUAUAUCAGCUCAAUGUAGUAAAUGAUGAUCGAGGAAGAACCAUACUGUAUUUGGGAGAAAAACAACUACAUGGGUCGCAAGUGGAAGUAAUCGAGGAAGGCUUCCAGUCGACGACUCGGCUCAUAACAUUGAGAUCAGUUUUUUUGGGCCAUAUCAAGACUGUCUGAGGAAUUGCACGGACGUUUGCAGUGAAAUUGCUUUUUUUCUCAAGCCAAAAAGUGUGGACCCGACGCCACAAUAUUAUUUUCUUACGGAUCAUCGACUCCUAUUGGCAGGCAUGCCAGAGUCUUUGGUGACAUGCGGUUUUGUGCAAUUAGCUUAAGUUGGCUAGCUAGCUAUUGUUUUCCUUUCGCGAACUGCUCUGUCUUGCCAAACACAUUUAGUAAUAUAUUAUUCCAGAAAUGCAACAGGAGUCUACUGCAGUUUGUUAACUACAUUAGUAUUUCCAAAAUAAUAGAAGAGUGGACUUUCACUUUGCAUAUGGGCAUUACUUUAUCUACAAAGUAACGUUGCAACUUGGCAAUAAUAGCUAGCUAGUUUGACUUUACUUGCUAGUGUGGUUUGGCUAGUUUGACUGCUCUCAAAUGAUUACGCUAACGCGUUCAAUGUUGGCUACUUACGUUACUACAGCAAACACCAUGGUACAGUAAGCUAGCUAGUUUUUCGAAUUGGCUGGUUGGCAGUGCUGUUCAAUGUCAAACUGGAGGAGAACCUAUCCAUCUUAUUUGAAGGCUUUUGGGAUACACCAUUUUUUAUUUGUACGAACAACACAUUUGCCCCCUUUGCCACAAUGUUCAAGCUUUGUCUUCAGAGAACUCUAGGAUACACAGCAAGAGCAGUGCUGGAAAGUGUCACUGCCGGAAAGGUUUUGAAGGUGUCCCACGUGCAAAGCUGUUGGAUGGGAACGCUCGGACUCAACGAGCAGCGGGAGCACCUGAACUCUCCAAAAAGAGCAAAAGAAUUCAUCUACAGCCUUCACCCCAAAGAAAGAACAUGUUUACUCAAAGAACUGCAGAGCUUUGAGUCCAUAGCAAUAGCACAAGAGACGCAAGAGACUUCACCGCUUACUCAAGCUCAGAUCCGAUACGUGCUCCUACACAAUGCAAUCCCCUUCAUUGGUUUUGGCUUCCUGGACAAUGCCAUCAUGAUUGCGGCAGGAACCCAGAUUGAGUUGUCUAUAGGGGUCACCUUUGGACUAUCGACCAUGGCAGCUGCAGCUCUUGGGAAUCUGGUUUCAGACCUGGCUGGCCUUGGUCUUGCAGGAUACGUGGAAAUCCUAGCUUCCAGGCUAGGAAUGCAGGUUCCUGACUUGACCCCCAAGCAGGCAGACAUGUGGCAGACCAGGGUUAGCUCGCACAUGGGAAAAGGCAUUGGAGUCACAAUCGGAUGCAUUCUCGGAAUGUUCCCCCUGCUAUUCCUAGGGGAUGAAGAUGAGCACAAGAAAAAAGAAGCACAAACAAACACCCCGAACUCUUAACAGCAUGUAAACCAUUUUUUUGGUCUUGCGUCAAUUGCAACAAGCAUCAGCAGCAUGAUUUUAGUUGAUCUCUAUCUCUGAAAACCUUCUCUAUUUCAUUAUAUAUGCCAUUUACCAGACGCUUUUAUCCAGUGACUUAGUCAUGGGUGCAUACAUUUUACGUACGGAUGGUCCCGGUAAUCAAACCCACUAUUAUGGCACUGCAAGCGCCAUGCUCUACCAACUGAGCUACCAGAUAAUCUUCUGAAAAUGUAUUAUGAGCCAUUAGGCUUAUAAAGUAGUUGCAUUUGAUGGCAAGGUAUUUUCGCAGGAUGGAUUUCGUUGAUGGGUUGAACAUUUGUUUGAGAUUAAGUUAAACCAAUGUACACUUCCGGUCGAAAGUUUUUGGAACACCUACUCAUUCAAGGGUUUUAAUGAAAUGUUUUACUAUUUUCUACAUUGUAGAAUAAUAGUGAAGACAAACUAUGAAAUAACACAUAUGGAAUCAUGUGGUAACCAAAAGUGUUAUAUUUUACAUUUGAGAUUCUUCAAAGUAGCCACCCUUUGCCUUGAUGACAGCUUUGUACACUCUUGGCAUUCUCUCAAUCAACUUCAGUCUUGAAGUAGUUCCCACAUGUGCUGAGCACUUGUUGGCUGCUUUUCCUUCACUCUGCAGUCUGACUCAUCCCAAACCAUCUCAAUGUGGUUUAGGUCGGGGGAUUGUGGAGGCCUGGUCAUCUGAUGCAGCACUCCAUCACUCUUGUUCUUGGUCAAAUAACCCUUACACAGCCUAGAGGUGUGUUGGGUCAUUGUCCUGUUGGAAAAACAAAUGAUAGUCCCACUAAGCCCAAACCAGAUGGAAUGGCGUAUCGCUGCAGAAUGCUGUGGUAGCCAUGCUGAUUUAGUGUGCCUUGAAUUGUAAAUAAAUCACUGACAGUGUCACCAGCAAAGCCCCCCCCUCUAUAAAUACCUCAUCCUCCAUGCUUUACAGUGGGAAAUACACAUGCGGAGAUCAUCCAUUCAUCCACACCGCAUCUCACACAGCGGUUGGAACCAAAAAUCUCAAAUUUAGACUCUAGACUAAAGGACAAAUUUCUACCGGUCUAAUGUCCAUUGCUCGUGUUUCUUGGCCCAAGCAAUUCUUCUUAUUGAUGUCCUUUAGUAGUGGUUUCUUUGCAGCAAUUUGACCAUGAAGGCCUGAUUCACACAGUUUCCUCUGAACUGUUGAUGUCUGUUACUUGACCUCUGAAGCAUUUAUUUGGGCUGCAAUUUCUGAGGCUGGUAACUCUAAUGAACUUAUCCUCUGCAGCAGAGGUAACUCUGGGUCAUCCAUUCCUGUGGCGGUCCUCAUGAGAGCCAGUUUCAUGAUGGCUCUUGAUGGGUUUUUGCGACUGCACUUGGAAGAAAAAUUCCGUUCUGGACAUUUUCUGUAUUGACUGACCAUGUCUUGAAGUAAUUGACUGUCGUUUGUCUUUGCUUAUUUGAGCUGUUUUUGCCAUAAUAUGGACUUGGUCUUUUACCAAAUAAGGCUAUCUUCUGUAUACCCACCUACCUUGUCACAACACAAGUGAUUAGCUCAAACGCAUUAAAGAAAGAAAUUCCACAAAUUAACUUUUAAUAAGGCACACCUGUUCAUUUAAAUGCAUUCCAGGUGACAACCUCAUGAAGCUGGUUGAGAGAAUGCCAAAAGUGUGCAAAGCUGUCAUCAAGGAAAAGGGUGGCUACUUUGAAGAAUCUAAAAUCUAUAUUUUGAUUUGUUUAAUUAGCUUUUUUUUGUUACAUAUUCCAUAUGUAUUAUUUCAUAGCGUUGAUGUCUUCACUAUUAUUCUACAAUGUUCAUCCACCUCUGGCCUGCUCGCCUCCCUACCACUGAGGAAGUACAGUUCCCGCUCAGCCCAGUCAAAACUGUUCGCUGCUCUGGCCCCCCAAUGGUGGAACAAACUCCCUCACGACGCCAGGACAGCGGAGUCAAUCACCACCUUCCGGAGACACCUGAAACCCCACCUAUUGUAAAGUGACUGUUCUACUGGAUGUCAUAAGGUGAAUGCACCAAUUUGUAAGUCGCUCUGGAUAAGAGCGUCUGCUAAAUGACUUAAAUGUAAAUGUAGAAAAGAGUCAAAAUAAAGAAAAACCCUUGAAUGAGUAGGUGUUUUAAAACUUUUGACAGGUAGUGUAUGUGAUUAUCAUGAGUUAUUGCAAGUUACUCAUAGACUCAUCCCUGUUGGCCCACUGAUAGACUACACUGCAGUCAAUUGGUUUACAUUUUAUCAUGGAGUUGUUGGAAGCUGAAAUGAAAACACAAAUCAUGUUGUCGGUCUUCAAGUUUCACAAUUUUGGCAAAAGAUAAAACCAAGGAAAAUGUAAACUGUUACCUUGAUGGUAUUUUAUUUUUGUUCUGAUUGAAACAUCAACCGGUUGAACUAGCUUGUACAUUAUAGAAUAUUUUCAAAGGAUUCAUCUUUUGUUGAGGAAUUUCUGUACAAUUAUAUGAUUUUUUUUUUUUGUCAACAAGGAAAAGGGGAUUACUUUAUCAUUUGACAAUCAGGUCACGAAUGCUGUUUAUAGCACUACCAACCCAGUUUUUCAGAAGUUACAAACAUACCUGUACUAUACACACACUACAUUGAGAAUGCAUAAUGCCGUGGGUUCCUAGGAUGUCAACAUCUUGAAUUGGCUAACUGUUGCUAACUAGCCUUUACAAUUAUUUUAGAAAAGCCUAUUUUCACAGUCCAUACCAUUGAAGUGCCUCAAAUUGUAUUUGUAUUAAUUUUUUUGACCUUUUUAAACACAAGCACACAGAUUUUUAUUUUGUGAAAAAGUAUUUAAAUUGAUGUUUGAAAGCGUCAUUUUUAGUAUGUAAAUGUUUGCUAAUCUGCUUUAUUUUGGAGAAAUUAAGGAAACCGUUUCUGAAGUAAGCUGAACAAUUAAGUGUAAAACUGCACUCACUACAGUAUGUGUUCUAAAACAGGUUGGAUUUAUGUGCACAGAAGACGAGCAAUACAAUGUUUCUUAAAAUGCAAUUACUGCACCUAUUUUGUUGCCAAUAUUAUAUACUUUUUGUAGGAUAGCUACGAAUUUGUUUAUCUGAGACAACCAUUUACUUAUGGUGGCCUAAAAUCAGAUUUUUUAAUAGAUAUAAUCAAACUAGUCAUUUGUGUGAAAGGAAAUUAUUUGUUUUCUGUCUAUUUGAAUAUCGGUAUUCGUUUUCUCAGUUUGCCUUUUUUGAUUUCAAUAAAUGCAGAACUUAAACUGGAAUGCCCCUCACCACACUGCUGUAUUUCCUCAUGAAUUGUAAUGAAUGUUCAUAAUGACCCUUAUUAUUUAAACUAUUACUGCUAAAUGCAGUUUUGUUGUCAGCAAUGUACUUGGAUGUAAAAACACCAUUGCAGCACAACCAGACUAAAAAGAAAGUGUGCACCAAGGUGUAACAAAUGGUUUGAUAGUUUUGUUUGAAAGCAAUGAAUGUUGUUGUGGGUGAGUAGUAUUUCUGCAGUUUGGUCUUGAUCUCUCUACAUCCUUCUCUUUAGCACUAAUCGCCAUGCACAAUUUCCUCACCUCUGCCCUCUGGUGGCUGAAACAUUUGUAUAUGCCUCGGCUCAUUCCCCUUACUGCUAUUUCUCCUGGCGUUCUCUGGUCUUGCUUGUUGCACCAAUUUCCCCUCCCGUGGAAUCUUUGUUUUUGCCUGAUUUCCAUCAAUUAUCUGAAUAGGCAUCUCCCCGUCCUUGCUAUCCAACUCUUCGCUCUCCCUUAUUGGUUAUUGCUCCACCAUGAUAUCUCAGUAGACCUCUCCAUCUCUCCUCCUUGUGUCAUGUUUUUUCUUUGUCCCCAUUAAUGAACAUGCAAGAAAGUCUCAUGCUAAUGAGAAAGCUACCGGCAUUCAUUUAAACAAAUAUGGACUUAUCGUCCAAUGCUCUUCCCCACUACCAUGUGCAUAAAAUGUAUCUAUGCUGCCAUGUUUGCAUUUUAAAAUGUAUACUUAUACCAUUGAAGAGAAAAUACUUGUGUAAAAAGACUGACUGCUCUUGUAUUUUGCAACAAUGAUUUAAUAAAACAUGCAAACAAUG